AUUUCAGCCACCCUUCUGAUAAUCACCCGCUAUAUAUUCCCUCUUGCACUUUCCUAGCUAGUAUAUAUGAAUGUGCAUUUCUCUUGCAGAUAGCUGAAUCAGAAGACUAGCCAUUAAUGGAGGUUUUCGAGUUGAAAGUACGCCUGCAUUGCAAAGCAUGCGAGAAAGCAAUUCAAAAAGAAUUGUGGAAGAUUAAAGGUAUUACUUGUGUAGAGACAAAUGUGAUUUUGAACAAAAUCACUGUGAUGGGCUAUGUUGAUCUCAAGAUCAUAAUGAAAGCAAUUAGAAAGACAGGGAGGAAGACUGAGGUUUGGUCGAGCAAACAAAAGGAGCAGAGAAGUCGUGGAUAUGGCUGUUUUAUUGCUCCCAGAUGUGUCUUCUGAAAGCUAAGCUUUGAUUUCAAGUGAUUCAUUCCCAUACGUACGCAUUUGUUAAGUUAAAUCUCCUAGAUGGCCAGAUAAGAGUUCCUUCUUUUCCCCUAAUUAUGAAUUUGAUGAAUUUGAAAGUUGAAAGAUGUCAAAAAAAAAAAAAAAAAAAAACUGGUUGAUGCAAGCAUUCGUUAGAUGAGAUCUCCCACUCAGCUCCUCAAGAAAAUUCAGUUGUAAAAUGAGUUUAAAGGGCUUAGCAUAUGUGAAGCUGAAAGGUGAAAUCUAUGAGGUUCAAGCCCAAAGUUGAGUUUAUGUAAAAUUUAUGUUGACCAUAUGUGAACGGGGCUUGAAACUCAAGAUGAAAAAACCUUAGUCAGUUUAAUAUGUGAAAUAUCAAUGUGCUUUUUUUCUUUUGAGGCAAAAUAUCAAUAUGCUUAUGUAGUUAUUGCACUAGGGAGAUGGUGGCAGUUAAUGCUUAUUUGCUUAUGUAUAACAUCACUUGGACUAUAGUGUUAACUAGAAGAUGGUUAUUGACUCAAAAUUUUUAGGCAAAUUGAGAAGUUAGGCAUAAAUUUUCUAGUUUCUUCAAGAAAAAUGUAGAAUAAAACAAAUUACAAAACAAGUCAGAAUACAAAGUAUGAUGGAUUUGUCUUUAAAUUAAAACAUCUUUUAUGAACAUCUUGUAUCGGCCAAAUUGUGGUUUGAUUUCAAGUGUAAGGAUUCUCGAUGGUCUUAAAGGGUCUGAGAUUUUGAAAAAAAAAAAAUGUUGGUAUAUCCGUUCAUUCAAAAUAAUUAUACUAUAUUCGCUCCCAAAUAAGUCUUUGUCCGAAAAUUUAUACCGUAAGAUCUUCUCAAAAUAUAAAAUACAUGAUACGAGCCUUAACUCUAAUCACCAAACCAAAAUCUUAGUAGUACUUGCGGUGUGAUAACUUUUUUUUUUCUUUUCUCGAAGACGAUAUAAUACACACACCCAACUAAUUAAAUUUGACUGAGGGUUAAAGCUAAGAAGACCUAAGAGGUAAAUCUAAGAGGAACCCACAAAACUUACCCAUCCAGCCAACUGGCAAAACGUUUUUGCCAAUUGGCGGUGUGAUAACUGCAAUUGGCAAAAACGUUUUGUAUCUGACAAAAGACCAAAUUGAAGCUCUAAAAUAAGAAGCGAUAUGGCACGGAUUGUUGAGUCUGGCAUCUAAUCGUAUAAAAUGGCUAUGAAAUUAGACCCAACAAAAUGCACCAAAUAAUAAGACGUUUCACCUCAGCUUCAGCUUCAGCGUCAGGUCCCAUAACAUCAUCAAUUGCUGAUGCUCGCGCCCAAAUCAAGGACUUCUUGGCUAAAGGGCUCUAUGACAAAGCCAUCAACCUUUUCAAAGACCAUGUCCACCCCUUCUUUCCAAACCAUGAAAGCAGCGUCUUUAUACUGCCGUCGAUCAUCAAAGCCACUGCAAGUUCCCAAACCCACAAUCCCUUGGGCCUUCAGCUUCACUGCUAUGCCUUUAAAAAUGGGUUUGAUUCAGAAUCUACAGUUUCGAAUUCUCUCAUCUCUAUGUAUGCAAAAUUCUCAGAUACAAAGAGUGCAUACAAAAUGUUCGACACAAUGCCUCAGAGAGACACCAUUUCUUGGAAUUCGAUGAUAAAUUGCUAUAUGCAAAAUGGGUUUUUGUUGGAAUCAAUGAAGAUGUUUAAGGAUAUGUAUAUUUGUGGAUUUGAGCCCAAGCCCGAGUUGAUUGCUAGCGUUUUAUCAGCUUGUAGUCAGACAGAAAAUUUUCGAUUAGGAAGAUUGAUUCAUGCUAUUGUUACAGUGGAUGAAAGAUUUGACUGGUCGGUUUUCAGGUCAACCGCAUUGGUAGAUUUUUACUGGAGAUGUCAUGAUCAGGAGACUGCUUUUCGUGUAUUUGAUAGAAUGGAAGUUAGAAAUGAAGUCUCAUGGACUGCUAUGAUCACGGGAUGUGUGGCAGAUCAUGACUAUGCCAAGGCACUGGAUUGUUUUCGUGCAAUGCAGGUUGAAAAAGUUAAACCAAAUAGGGUGACAGUAAUUAGUAUUUUACCAGCAUGUGCUAAGUAUGGUUCAGUUAAUCGUGGAACAGAGAUCCACGGAUAUGCUUUUCGUCACGAGUUUGAUAGGGAUUUUAGAUUCCGCUCAGCUCUCAUGCAUAUGUAUUGUGAAUGUGGAGAAAUUUGGGCUGCAAAGCUUAUUUUUGAAAGAUCAACUACAAAGGAUGUUGUGAUGUGGAGUUGUAUAAUUGCAGGCUAUUCACGGAAGAAAGAAACUGCUGAAGAAGCUCUAGAGCUCUUUAAUGAAAUGCAGAAAAAGGGAUUUCAACCCAAUAGUGUUACAUUAUUGUCUGUGAUUUCUGCCUGUACCAAUCUCUUGUCAACAUGCCAUGCAGGUGGAGUCCAUGGCUAUGUCCUGAAAUCUUGCUUGAUAUCUGAAUUGAAUAUCCAAAACUCGCUCAUUAGUAUGUAUGCCAAGUGUGGUUGUCUUCAGGAUUCGGUUAAGAUUUUCAAGGAGAUGACACUUACGGAUUCUGUUUCAUGGACUGCAAUUAUUAGUGCUUAUGGUCUGUAUGGUUGCGGGGAGGAUGCCUUGCAACUCUUUGGUGAGAUGCAAGAGAGUGGGAUGAAAGCUGAUGCAAUUGCACUUCUUGAAGUCAUGACAGCUUGCAACCAUGCUGGCCUUGUGGAAGAGGGAUACAAGCUCUUUAAUGAAACGAUGAAAGAUGAGAAAAUAUCACUUACUAUAGAGCAUUAUGCUUGUUAUAUUGAUCUUCUUGGAAGGGCGGGGAAACUGGAAGAUGCUUGUGAUCUUGUGUCUAGACUGCCUAUGAAACCAAGUCCCAGAAUAUGGAGUUCCUUGGUUUCUUCUUGUAAGCUUCAUGGAAAGCUGGAAGUUGCGGAACUGUUGGUGCAUAAGCUGAUUGAGUCGGAGCCUGACAAUGCUGCCAAUUAUACUUUGUUGAGUAUGAUUUAUGCUGAAUCUGGUAACUGGCAUGGUGUAGAAGAAAUGAGGAAGAAUGUCAAAAUAAGGAAAUUGGUAAAAACUUGUGCAUUUAGCAAGAUUUAGCUGGAUGAGAAAACAUUGUUCUCAAUUUGACAUGCCACCAUUCUUUUGGUAAAUGCACAAAAGGUUGUUUGCUGGGUCUUUGCCUGUAGGCAAGGAAAAAAUUGAAGACGCAUAUGAUAUAAUGUGCAAAAAUCCAAACCUCAUGCUAGAACUCACUGUUUAUCAGUACCUAUUUUAAGGUUUUAACCUUCGUGGUGUCAUCUAAUACAGGUAUCACAAGUUUAUUGAAUUGGGAUGCAAGAAUGAUACAAACCGGUGAUUGUUCCAUAAAGCGAGUCUAGUAAUUUUCUGGAUGAGAAAACAGAGAGCUGAAAGAAAGGAGGCUCGAAGAUAUAUAUGUUAUCACUCGCAAAAUGUCUGAGUAGCAUACCAGCUUCUGAAAUUCAUCUCCAAUCUAUUAUAAGUUUGUGACCUUCAUUGUGUCAUCUAAAACAAGAACCAGGUUGCCUGAAUCAGAACAGAAGACGAGAGUCCACGAGCUGGAUAAUUUUCUGUGAACUAAACUGAGAAAUUUGAAUGGAACGGUGAAACAAAGGCAUUAAAAGCUAAAGGAUCAACAGCAUCAGGAUGUUUUAUGUCAAUCCCGAAAUUAUUUGGUCAUUAGGAAAGAUGAAAAAAGGGAAAUGUUUAGCAGAAAUGAGAUGGAUCUACACAGUACCAAUACCCAGAUGCCCUUUUCCGCAUCAACUAUUGUCUUUGACAUGAAGUCCAAGUUUUCAGUUCAUUACAGCAAACAAAUUUUGGGUUGAUUUCUCUUUUACCAGUGGCACUUUUAGCUCAAGAAGCCCCCUCCCGGACUCCUUCCCCAGGUUUAUCCUGCAAUAUGCCAUGGUUUGCUUUCGGAAAUCUUUACUUUGUCUGUCUGCCCAAUUACAAGUAGAAGCUUGUUCAUCCUUCAUGAUUGCCAAGUGGUUCAAAUCAACGAUCCGGAUUGCUCUUGGAGUAGCAAUUAUACUUCAAUAUGUUUUGUACAAAGUUCAGUUACAUCACCUGUAGUGACUUCGUCUUCAGAUUUCAAGUAAAGAAUCAGCCAACCAUUUACCUUGUAUGAAGCUUUACUCAGGGAAAGUGGAUCUACUGCCAUUACUUCCAUAAUCAAUUCCACUUGUGUUUAAGAUUAGGUACUAUUUAAACAAUUCACUGAGAACCUUGACUUUUGA